GCUAUUGAUUUUUGCAGGUACAUAUUACUGAAAAAUUGAAUUUGGAGCGAAAUCAUUGAUCAGCCUCACAAUGAAAAUAAUUGAAUCCAAUGGUGGUGCUCUAACAAAUUUUGAAGUGCUCGAUCUUUUCCGAUCACGAGGGGCGGGGAAAGAUCCUACUCGUGUCAUUGCAUCCGUGUUGCCGUCUGAGUUCAAGGUGUUCGAUUAUUUAGAGAAAAGUGUUGCUCGUGACCAGACAAAGGAGAUUGUGCAUAAACUCGUUGACGAGUGCAAAACAUACAACCUUGCUAAGGCUGAAGUUCUUAACAUUGCCAACAUAAGGCCAUCAUCCUUACCCGAGGUUUUCCCGAUUAUAGAGAAAUUUGAAGAGCGAAUGGAAUCAAAAAUGGAAGAAUUUCUAGAGAUGGUUAUGGAGAUUUUGCCACCUCAUCCAUCGGAGAUGGAGUCUAAAGAAGAAGCUGACGAGGAAGAAGAGAAAGCUGUAGAAGGCGAAGAUGAAGCUAUGGAAGGCGUAGAGGAAGCUGUAGAAGACGAAGAGAAAGCUGUAGAAGACGAAGAGGGAACUAUGGAAUGAGAUAAGUUUUUUUUUUUUUUUUUUUUUUCCGGGAUAAUUCUAGUUUUCUCUACGAAGUACUAUGUAGUUUGUAGUUUAUAGUCUAUAAUGACAGCUAAUUUGCAAAUUAUUGUUUUGAUGCACUUAGGAGAAUUCAUCAUUUCAAUAGUUUUAUAACAAUGCAAUUCGAGUG